AUGCAUCGUCUGAUCGUCUUUAUGCUGAUGGUCCUGCUCGCCUUUAUGGCCUCAGGCGCCCCUACCUCCUCCCUCGAGAUUCCCGAGACCAUUGUGACCGAUAUGACCUGGGAUCUCCAGCUCUACCCCGGUGGACCCAACAUCACUCUCACCGGUACAGCCGAGAAAGUCUACGCCAAGAUCACCGAGCUCAAUCCAAACUACGACCAAGACUGGGAGGAGGACCUCACCCUUGAAUCGGACACUUACAUCUUUACCCCCGACGCUGCAACCGAGCGAGUCCCCUAUUGGGUUUCCUGCGUCCGUGGAAAAGGCGCUCGCUGGAGUCAAGUCAAUGAAGGAAUCCAAUUUCUGCACAAAUUGAGGGGCCAGCCUCACCUUGGUCCUCACCAGUGUGCUCGUGUUACCUGCUCCGGGGAUUCUGGAAUCCAUUGGUGCAACGAUGCUAAUUACCCCCGCACCCUUCUCUCAUGGAACUAUAUUGCUGAUGCAGCGGCAGCGGUGAUAAUGGAGUGUAUGGAUUCGCACUUGGUUCCCUUCAGUGGAAAUGUUUUUCACGAUGACAAUUGGCGAGCUAUUGUGAAGGGUGACAAGUGCUAA